UAAAUUAGUGUUUUAUUCUCUUCAAAUAUUCUUAGACCAUAAAAAGUUGAAAUGUAGCGUUGAUUUAUGUAGAACUAAUGAGCCUGCUGUAAAUGAACUUACAUGUGAAAAUACUUCAACAACAUUAUCGCAUAAUACUGAAUCACAUCUCUCGGUCUCUGAAAACCUUGGAACACCUUCAGGAAUAGGUUCCAAUGAAUGCAAGUUGUGUAAAAAAUCAUUUAAUAAGAUAAAGUCAUUAGUGGCCCAUCUCAAGAGUCACAGCGAUAGAGCUUAUCAGUGCCCUAUCUGUGGCCGCUGUUUUGUCCAAAACUCUCAUUUACAAAGGCACAUAGCCUCCCACAAGAUUUGGCCUGAUGGUCUAACUGAGACAACUCCAAAAUCAGCAGAAGCUGAACUCUUAAGCUACUCUUGUGCUUAUUGUGAUGUAAUAUUACCAAACUACAGUCAGUUUAGACUCCACUUAAAAAAGCAUCUAUGUAAUAAAAAGUUUAAAUGUGUUCAGAGUAAUUGCAGUGGGUUGUUUGCAAACAUUGAUGACCUGCUAGAACACGUCUCCAGUAGCCAUGAAACAACUAUUUACCACUGUCAUAUGUGCAACCAGACUUUUAAUACACGUGAAGAUAUAGCUGCACAUCAUAAAACCCAUGUGGAACCUGAAAAAGCUGUGCACAACACUGUUACGGCAAAGCAUAAGUGUGCACUGUGCGAUGCAGUCUUUAAAAAUCCAGAAAAGCUGUCUUUGCACCUGCUGACCGAAAACCACAAGAAAGUUUGUAUUCAUUGUAACAGAACAUUUGCUAGUGAUAAAAGAUUGCGGUUACACUUGCAGAUUCACAGGAAAAACAAACCAUUCCAGUGUAACAUAUGUGACAGUAGUUUCCAUAUGAAGAAAUAUUUGUCAUCACACAUGUUAAAACAUGGAGACAAACAAUUUGCAUGCUCCAUAUGCAAUCACAAGUUUAAGAGAAAGGACCUGCUUCAGCGGCACAUGAAAUCACAUCAAGCUAAGAAAGUGUUCAAAUGCCCCUUUCGAGAUACUUUGGACUGUAUGAAAGAGUUCAGUCGGAGUGACAAGCUCAAGGCUCAUGUGAAAUUUCAUACUAAGUGCAUGGUGGCUAGCCCCAGCCCUCAACAACCAGUAUAUGAAAAUGCAGGCACUGUGGAAAUAUGCAUAGUACCUUUGGAUGGCAGCAUUAUCACUGAAUAGGAAUUAGGAUUAAUAAUAAAUUAGGUAUCUAAAAUAUGAAUACAUUUUUCAUAUGGAUUGCACAAUGAUUUGAGCAAUGUAAGACACAACACUGAGUAUGGCUUCUUUAUAGGUAUGGAUGACACGCCAAUUUCGAGUUACUGACCAAGUAUACCUGGAUAUACAAGAUGAGAAUAAGCCCUUAGGAAGGGUAGUGAUUGGAUUAUUUGGUGACUUAGCUCCUAAAGCCGUAAAGAACUUCAAAGUUCUCGCUACUAAGGGAAUCAAGGGAAAAUCUUAUAAAGGGACCUCAUUCAACCGGAUUAUUAAACGGUUUAUGGUUCAAGGUGGUGAUGUAGUAUCUGAUGAUGGUUCAGGUUCAAUUAGUAUAUACGGCGAGACAUUCAAAGAUGAAAACUUGGACACUCAACACACUAUGGCUGGCUUUGUUUCUAUGGCCAACAAAGGAAAGGAUACAAAUGGUUGCCAGUUUAUAAUAACAACAACUGGAACACCUUGGCUGGAUAAUAUACACACUGUGGUGGGGAGGGUGAUCGAAGGUCAGAACAUCGUGCACCUACUGGAGCACACAUCCACAGACGUAGACGACCGGCCUCUCCGUAGUGUGUUCAUUGCCGAUUGCGGCCUGCUGCCUACCCCGCAGCCUUUCUACAUCUCCGAUGACCCUUACGAUUUGUGGGCGUGGAUCAGGGCUUCAGCGGUCCCCCUGACGAUGUCCUUCUCCAUCCUGGGCUUCUUCCACUGGAUGAUAAGGAAAAUGGAGAUAUAACUAUGUUAGUACCUUACAUAAUAUUCUAUUAAAAAGCAGUUAACUAUAGAGACGUUAAUAAGUAAAUUUCCAUAUCACGAUUUUUCACAAAUGCGUUGAUGAACUGAUGAUUAGGAAAUUUGCAUACCUCAUUCAAGUUUGUAUUCAAAUGAGUCCAAGAUAGUUGUUUAAUUUUGGAUGAAAUUUUAUAGAAUAA